UGCUAAUUCAGUGCGCAUUCAGCAGCUCAUUGGUGUGUUUGAAAGUGCUCGCUGCUCUCGGGUAACUUGUCCAAUAUCUUUGGAUCACCACGAUCUCUGUUGCUGCUAAAUUAUACCUAAAACGAUGGCUGCAGUCACCGCUGACGAUAGUUUGCGGUUCGUCAUUAGUCAAGCUCUCAAGACCACAGUCAGAAAAGUGCUGUUUCUCGUUUAUAAGAAAAAGUUUCCGUUGACAAAUCCUGGAAAAAAACCUCACGAGGCAGUGAAAAAAUGUGCUUUGAACAAUGCGAUACAUGCUGAACAAAAAAAAAUAAUAGAAGCAAACCAAGAGGAAAAAUUCGACAUAACAACCCUGUGUUUCCUACUGAAGCACACGUGUGGACUUUCACGUAACAGUAAAGUCUGGAACAACCCCCAAAGGAUAGAAGGCAACAUUCAGAAGCUAAAGGACCUGCGGAACAAGGAUGCUCACGGGACGCAGGAAGGAUGUUCUGAUCAGGAUCUGGAGGACGCUUGGAAACAAAUGUGCACCGCAGUCACUAAUGUCCUCGACCACGCUGGCCUUAAAGAUCACCUUCGUGAAGUGGAGCAGGAGUUGUGUGAGAUACAAAAGCCUUAUCUUCUGUCCACGUCCAAACUGCAACAGGUCCGGGAGGGCCUCCAGAAUGAGCUGGAAGAGUUGUACAGGAGUGGGAGCAAGACGACGCUGAUGCCCCUCGUGUGGGGAGGGAAGAACUUAAGUUUCCACCAACACGUGAACAAGACCUACACCAAGACCAGGCUGACCGUCCUCCAUGACGGCAUUGAGGAGGAAGUAGAUGGUGAAGACAUCUAUCGGAAAAGCGGAUCGUUGAGAGCGAUAAUACUGCAGGGAGAGUCCGGCACUGGGAAGACCUCGUUGCUGCGCCACUAUGCUGCCAACUGGAGACCUAAAGCCUCGUCUCCCAUCCCAGCUCUUACCUCCAUUGAUUAUCUAAUAUUCUUCGACUGUACAGUUGUGGGCAACAACGCCUUCGCCCUCUCUGACAUGUUUCAAGAAAUCCUCCCCAAAUCCAAAGCAAAUUAUAAUUUCAACAUGAUGAGAAAUGAGUUAACAAAAGCUGAAAAUACUGUCAUGUUCAUGAUAGACGCUUUUGAUGAGCGACUCCAAGAUUUUGCGAAUGCCUUUAAAGAGCUGAAAAGGACAUUCCCUGAUGCAUACUUCCUUGUUACAUCACGACCACACUGCACACAGACCAUUAAAAAUUCUUAUCUGGAUGAAGCUGUUGUUGUCACAGCCCAUGGUUUCAACAAGUCCUGUUCUGAGGCGUAUGUAAAAAAAUUGUUCAAAGCAAAUACGAAGGGGGAUACUGAUUUUCAUGAGUUCUGGAACUCUUUCUCAAAGUAUGAGGAACUUGUUACAAUUCCUCAGUUACUGUGUUGGUCUUGCUGGUUCUGGUUAGACAAAAAAACAUAUCAUCUGUCAACUCGAGGAAUGAUCUUUGAUAGCAUAACAGACUUUAUGCUCAGGAAGCUGUGUCAUAUACACGGUAAGAGGAUCCUCGCUACAGAAUUGCCUCAAGAAGGACAACAGUGGCUCUACAUGGUGUCUCAACUUGCGUAUUCACAAGCAAAACAUGACGAAACGUCAUUUAACGAAAGUUCACCUGAAAUUAAAAAGUUAUAUGAAGAAGCCAAAAUGCUUAGAUUUCGCCCCCGGGAAGCCCUUUCUAGUCUUAUGCAGUGUGACAGUUCUCAAAAGGCCGAAGGAGAAUACGUUACUUUUCAGUUCCUUCAUGAUUCACAUGCAAACUUUCUUGUCUCUCAUUAUAUGUAUGAAACUCUUCAGAAAGAUAAGAAAGUCACACUGAAAAAACUUUUCAAUAAUAUCAAAGAAGACCGAAAGAAGUCUGUAAUAUCUUUUCUUGUAAGUCUCCUUUAUCAGGGGAAAAGUGUCUUGCAGCUUAAUAUCAUACAAGAAGAGUUGGUCCAGAUUUGUAAACAUUAUACGAGAUAUUUUGAUAUCAACUAUUACUUGGAGCUCAUUGAAGAAAGUCACUAUAAUUCUACAUUGAUCAAGUGUAUAAGUCAAAACAUUCCUGAAUACCCAACAGAGAGUGUAACAACUUUAAAGAAACCUAGUAGAUACCAACGCUAUGGGCAGUUAUGGUUGCGGCCGAAAGAAGUAAGACGCAGUCAAGCCCUCCUUCAUUUACUCUCACACGCCAAGCCAGUGCGGCUCUGGCUUAGACUGUGUGAAGGUCCCCAUGCAGACAAGCAUAACUCUGUGCGUGGUCACCAGGCGAUGGAGGGAAACCCUGUCAUAGCAAUGGAGUUAGUAAGCAAAGCCUAUGUUGACGAUGAUCUCGCUGAACUGAGGCUGACUGAUGUGACAGUGUCUGCUGCUCUCUCCUGGCCCACGUCGCUCUGGUGGCUUUCACUUGAACGAUGCGAUAUUAAGGUUGACUUCUCCCUUCCUAGUGGGUUACUGAAAUUAAAUGUGAUGGACUGCACUGGUUUAAGAAAUAUUAGGUUUCCCCCAAGUCUCAAAACACUGAAGUUACAGAGCAUGGACUUAGAAAAGCUGAGCUUCCCUAAUGUUGAAAAUCUUGUGAUAGAUUCUUGCACAAUCACGAACCUGACAAGUUCACCAUCAAAUAUAAAAUCAUUAAAACUUUACAACUCUGUAAUAGGUAGACGUUUCAGCUUUCCUCUCUUUCCUCAGUCCUUAGAACAUGUCACAAUAUCCGGCAUGUCAAGUUAUUCAGAAGAUGGAGAAACACGAGCUUGUGUUUUAUAUAGGGAGAAUUAUAUGUUCAUACUAGACCAAGCCAUACCAGUACAACAUUUGCAAAGCUUGACCUUCACUGAAUUUGUUCUGUCGCCCGAAGCCUUCAUCGACUUCUUCGUUGAGUUUCAGGAAAAGAAUUCUAGAUGUCGCCUGGUGGUUGAGAGUGUGUGUGAGCUGGCCGACGAGUGUGACGAGAGGGAAAUUAUCAUGGCCAGCAUCCUCACCUCUCCCUUACCAUUGGUUACCGUCAAAUUCAGGAAUGAGACUAUCACUAACAGCCAUCUCACUCUACCAAGGAGAAACAAAAAUAUUCUUCAUAUUAUGUAGUACAAGAUGUGGAAGAAUAAAGGAACUGAUACGCCUUGACUUUUUAUGAGAGAAAAGAGCUGAUUAAGGUAAGUGUAAAUUUGUCGAUACUAUAAUAAAACAUUUGAAGAAAAAUACAAAAUAGUGUUAAAUACGAGUUUGAUUUUUUUAACAGUGAAGACAACACUAUCCCCCCCCCCCAAAAAAAAAGAGAGAGAGAGAGAGAGAGAGACAAUUUUGUGUUAACCGAAAUUAGAAACUUUUGUGGAUGUUGAUUUAUUAUUACUUAAUUAUAUGCUUUUACUUAUGGUUUAUAAUGAAAAAUGUACCUCAUAUUAAUACACAGUAAACUUGUAUUCUAUGUUUAUUUUAACUUGAAAAAAAUAUCUACCACAGUAUGUUUUAUCUAACCUUAAAAUUCUUUGUCUUUUACAUUUCACCCGAUAUUGUAAAUGUCGUGUUUACCUCUGUCUAGUAGAUGACUAUUAUGUAAGAAGAUUAUCAUGUUAGCCAUAGUCACAACAGAAGGGUCUAUACCUAAAGCUUCUUAUAUGUUAUAUGUGUAUGAAUAAAUGUU